AGKUAUGCAAAAUGGAAUGGAAAACUGYUGGCCACUUGUCGGACUAUUGACAUGGCACAAACCAGUGACUUACUUUGCACGAACGAUGACCUAGAAAUGUGCGUGCACUUUUGCACUUUAUGGGUUAGUUUGUGAUGGUUGAAAACAAUGGCGAGAAAAAGACACGCUCGUCCAAAUCCAAGCGAUCACGUCGAGUACCAAAAAGCGUUCGAUGGCACAAGAAUUUGACGUCCGCCUCAAGUAAUCGUGGGAUGAAUACACUAUCAUGCAAUUUCAAUUGUACGGAGAAACUCAGCAGUAUUCUUAUGUGCCAGAAAGGUUAUGCCUCGUUAGCUUUUUACGCUCUGUUUGCUCUAUUUAUUCUGGCGUUUAUCUAUGCUCUCUGGAAAAUAGUCAGCGCUAAUACAUCCCGUUCGAGUCAAAACCGUCGACCCGAAACACCAUCAAAGGUGAAUCCAACGACAAAGGCUCCAACGUGGUCAGCAGAAGAUGAAGAAGARUUAAGAAAAUUCUUCCCGACAAUGAGUAAUGACAAUAUCAAUAGUGGAACACAACAGAUUGUAAAACCUACUUCCCUUCCAUCAACAUCUACCUAUAAUCCACCYACGGUACCGAUGCAGGAUCCUCCAACACAGCCCGAGGUCCAACCACCAAGUCGCUUUAAAGGUUCACUGUUCGGAGAAGAUGCAGCUAGCCAGCCAUACGAAAGCAACCGACAAAGUCCAAUUACAGGCGAAGACUACAUACCUCCUCAAUGGCCACCACCAACGCCAACUUGGCAGCAAUUGUUCGGACGACAGUGGAGUCUAAGGCAACGCAAGCCUCCAUUGUCUAUGUUCAGAGAUAAUAGGAUGUCAGGGAGAUAUUUCAAUGGAAGAGGAAGAGUGGCAUACGGACAGAAUGAUGACAAUAUAGCGAUGACAAAUGGCCAUUUUAGGCCACACUUAAAGACGCCACUCCUGAAUGGAGAUGAUUAUAGCGACAAAGCCAAUGAUUAUAGCAACUCUGCAAAAAGACACAAAGACCACAAUCUGAAGAAAAUCAUACAAUCUCACCACAAAUAUCGCCAUAAUAUGCAUCACCACGGUAAAGACGACGAUGGCAAACAUUUGCAUCACGAAAUGAGCAGUGACCAGGAAGUGCUAUUGGGUUCUCGAGGUAAAAAAAGCUAUACAAGAAGUUUUAUUUCGCGACCAGACAGAAGUGAUAAGCAUCACAGCCAUAAGAAAUCAAGUGGGCAUCCUCAUAGUUCUUACCAGGAAGGGUUUGAAGAAUCUAACAGCAGAGAUGGUGGUAGCCAUAAUCGUCAUCAUCACCAGCAUGAGCAUGUGCAAAAACAUCAUCCCCACCACCACCAACAAAGCCAACAAAGCCAUAACCAUUUCCAUCAAGAACACCACCAUGAAAUUAAAAAGCAUCAUAAUCAUCAUCAACAUAGUCACAAUGACUUACAAACCAAACACCAGCAUCAUCAUAUUCUUCAUCGGAAACACCAACAGCAUAGACAUGCUCAUAAACACGUCCAUCGGAAAGCACAUACCACUGAGGUCGAUGAAGACAGUGAACCUCGUAGUAAGAUACCACACCACACAAAACACAAUAGGAAAAAUAAACAAAGACACAAUAGGAUACACACAACUAAGAAAAGAAUUCAYAAUGCUGAAAGUAAAAACGUGAAACAUUUGCAUCAUAUCCUCGACUAUAAGCACUACGUUCGCUACAAGAAGCAUCAUUCUGUAGAYGAAGAAGUACACGGCCAGUGGAAAGGAAUAAAGAGGAAAAUMAAAAACUGCAUCAAAAUGAAAACCUUUUCUGCAAGCGGAAAAGUUCUGCUGACACGAGCUAGAUAUCAAGGAAAGCAUUUGUACACUGUACUUGUUUGCAAUGUUGUUCGCAUUCGAAAACAUAGAAAACACAGCACACGCGCGUCUUACAAGAAAACACAACUUUGUUAUAAAUUGUACUUUGUUACGAAAGCUGUGCUACAGCUUAAAAGAAAGAAGGAAAGUAUAACUGGUGCUUCGGAAUACGAUGUCGAUGCUUGUAGACCGUCGAAAGCUCGUUUCCAUUCUGUUAGUUUCAGGGGAACUUUACCGAACGAGCAUAAUCAAGGAAAGAAACUAAGGAAACAAUUGCAUCGAGAUCACGACUCAAAGAAGGGAAGUCGUCACAAAAAGAAAACAAAAAAGAGAGGGCAUACAAGCAAACGUGCAAGAAAUAAGUCGAAGAAGACGAAGACAACCAAGGCUAAUGGACACUCUAAAAAGGGUAAACGAAGGAAAKACAGCUUGCAAGGAAAAAGUCAUAAAAGCAAGGAACGUCAUUCCAAGGAGAGGAAUAACAGUGAAGAUCUUUUCUUUAAUAAGCUGCUUAAUGUUCUUUCUAUUGUAAAUAAAARCAAAGCAAGUGUAAAUAAUUCAACYCCAUUGUCCAGUCUAAAAAGUGCUCUGCAAAAGAUGAARAAGGACAAAGAGGMAGCUCAGCGAAAAAGAGAAAAAAACCACCGWAAAUCAUCAAAGAAAGACACAAAAAAGCAUCCUAAAAAAGGUGCAAAAGUUGAUAUCACUAGUCCCUUGUACAUAAGUAAACUGCUAUCAAAGAUAUUACCUUCUGUAGUCAGUAAUGUGAAAAGUGAGAUCGAAGGAGAGAGUGGGGUGAAGAAAAUCCAUYWAAGUACAACAACGAAAGCAACGAUCACUACCACWAAACCUACAACUCCUUCAACUACAYCAUCAACAACKACUCAUAGUACAACUCCUCCCACGACUACKCMUCCKMCAACAACUCCGACAACAAAACGAACUCCAAAACCAACAACAAAAGGCAAAGGAAUCGAAGACGAACUGAAGGAUAUUCUUCCGUUUUUGCUAAAGAARAUGCAAACGACGACCCCAAAACCAACAACGCCGAAGCCGACAACACAAGGAAAGGGUAAACUGAUCAAAGAUUUGYUAUCUCGCUUGGGAUUAGCAGGGCUGAAUCUAGGAGCUGCUUCUAAACCUACAAGGGAAGUAAAGGCUGAUGGAAAUCCAAGUGCGUCUCGUACAUCAAUCGAAGAAAAGAUGGRAGAUCUUUCUGCACCACCUGCGGCAAAUCCAUCACCMAUUCAUCCACCGCCAUUAUCUACAGAUCAAACAAGAAAUGGACUUCGGAAACAGUCGGUUCUAGGRAAUGAUCCUUACUCCAAACAUAUCCUUUGUUUCGGCGACAGCUUAACCAAUGGGUAUUACAACCAUGGACAUAACUUCCAUCCAUAUAGCAUAAGRUUUAAACAAUUACUCAACUCCAAUCACCAAAUAAGGUAUGACGUYGUCACUAGUGGCAAAACGGGCGAGAUGGCUCAUGGGUCGAUGAGUAAACGAYUACCKGAAGUACUSGGCAAUAGUUCUCGAUUUGAUUGGGUAGUWAUAUUAGCAGGUACAAACGACGUUGCGCAUGUCAAGAACUUUGGUGACGACGAUUCAUUUAUGAACCAACUUAUUAGYAUAUGGUCGCCAAAGAUAUUAAAAGAUAUUGUAACGCUCCAUGAAGACGCUUACAGRUAUGGAUCCAGAACAGUCCUGCUUACCAUUCCAGAAAGCGCCUACGAGGCAUGGCCCCAAUUCAAAGUUCUUUGGCUAAUGCGAAGAAAAAUAAAUCAAGAAUUAAGGCAAUUUGCAGCUUCAUCUCAAGGCCGUACURUACUUUGUGACCUGGCCGUUCAAAUUCCACGUCAUUCAUUAUCUCCGCAAAUGCAGAAAUUAUUCUGGAACGAUCACUUGCAUUUGAACCCAUAUGGCUACGAUAAGAUGGGCGAGGWCGUGUACCGAUGCCUGAAACCUUAUUUAUAACYAUGGAAAUACCAUAUAUUUUAUAGUCUUGAUAUCACACUCGUUUKCAAAAAAAUGAUUUGUGUACUCUUCCAAUGAAAACGACAAAGAUGGCGCAUACUGAAAAAAACAACAGAUAACAAAAG